AGGAAAAAAUCCAGGACGCACAAAAGAGGAGGGAGAGAAAGGGACACGCAAACUUGAGGCACAAGAUCGAUCGUUGCUUAUCUUCAAAGAUUCACACAUACUCCUUCCUGCUAGCUUGUAGUUACACACCUCACCGUCGUCUGCACCAAGAAGAACCGAUCGAUUAGCCAAAACUUGGCCUCAAAUUAAUCAUCCUCUGUUCUUCUUAUAUUAGGCCAAUAGGGCCCUAUCACUCGAUCAAUUCUUACGCACGCUGCUAAUGGCGCACUGUGGCGGCGGCGGCCUGCCGUCACGGAGGCCCGGUGCUCAGCUGCAGCAAGAGACGGCCGUCGAGAGCCUCUGCCAGAGCUUAAUGCUCGACGACGUGAUGCUCCAUGACGGCAGGUACCGCGCGAUUUGCGGCGCGUUCGGCGGCUACCUUCAGGAGUGGCCGGACAUGAGCAGCGCAUGUUACGCCGGCGGCUUCGGCGCGACGCCGGUGCAGGAGGUCAGCAACGGCGGCAACUCCUUCUCCUGCAGCGGCGGCGGCUCCACGAAGAGAAAAUCCGACGCGUAUCUCGACGCAAAGGGUGAAUGCAAGAGGCCGAGAGGGAAGCAGCAGGUGUGCGAGCUUGAUCAGAGCUCAGGGAGAGGGAAGCCGGAGAAGGCCAAGCCGGCAGGGACAAGGAAGAAGGGAGACGUGGCAGCGCAAAAGCAGGACCCCAGGGCGGCCGGCGGGCAGAAGACCGACUACAUCCACGUCAGAGCCCGCCGUGGGCAGGCCACGGACAGCCACAGCCUCGCCGAACGGGUGAGAAGGGAGAGGAUCAGCGAGAGGAUGCGGUACCUGCAGGAGCUGGUGCCCGGGUGCGACAAGGUCACCGGAAAGGCCGGCAUGCUCGACGAGAUCAUCAACUACGUCCAGUCCCUGCAGAAGCAGGUCGAGUUCUUGUCCAUGAAGAUCGCCGCUUCCAACCCGGUGGUGAACUUCGACAUCGUGGAGGACCUCUUCGGCGGCCGGCGGCUGGGCCAAGCCUGCAGCCCUGCAGCGGCGACCAUGCCGAUGCCGAUUCAUGGGCAGAUGGACACGUCCUGCCUCCAGAUGCAGCAGAUGCAUCAGCCGGCCGCUGCUGGGUUUGGGCUAGAGAUGGUCGUCAACAACCAGUACACGCCGGCACAGAGCCGGCCGCUGCCGGCUGCCACGCCGCCUCCGGUGUCGGCCGGGGCGUCAGUGGAGUCAUGCCUGGACGUGAAUGGAGCUGCUGCCUGGGACAUUGGCUCUCAGAAUUUGUUCAGUGGGUUCGAUGCACAGUUUCAGCAAGUACAAAGUGAUUGUUUACUAGACAACCUCAAAAUGGAAAUGUAAGCAGGACUGCAGGAUUCAUUGCCAUUCCUGGAGUUUUAACUACAGCGACACUUGUGGCUGAAGAUUCAUUAUUCAUAGCAACUGUACUAAUGCAAUAUUCUGUCAGCAAUGACAAUAGAAGUACAUCUGUGUGAAAUUCUA